AGGAAGAUCGGCGCUGAGCGCAUCUUUAUAUAAUUGCGUUCACUGAGGUUAUUGCAAUUAUAAAACAUAAUCGGCCUGCUCGCUAGAUCCAGCCAUGGGUAACGAGGCGAGCCUGGAGGGCGGUGAAGGGGCCACUAUGGUGGGGAUGUCGGUUUCAGCACCGAGCUCUGGACAGCUCCAGAAGCCCUUAAAUGGCGCAGCGGCCGGCGCUGGAGCAUCCCUCGAACCCAGGGCGGGGAUAAACAGGCUGGCUGGAGGGGGAGGCCCACCAUCAAGCCCAAAACUAGGCUAUGGAACCGGUAGUGAUCGAGGGCCAGGUGGUGACUUUGGCAUGGGCGGCAUUCAAGCAAGUGGAAACCCUUACAAAAAGCUAGUCCAUGAUGGACCUAGACAUUCCCAGACUUCUUCUACACAUCAAUCUCAAAUUCAAAGUUCAUCAGGGGGCAUGGGACCCACCCAAAGCCCUGGACAACAUGCCUCCAGACGCAACCUCCAGGUGGACUUUAGCAGCAGCAGUGGUCGAACAGGCCGCUCACCAUCAGUGUCUCCCGAUAGAGCCAGUGCUCCAACUUCACCAUACUCGGUACCCCAGAUUGCACCGAUGCCUAGCAGUAAACUCUGUCCAGUUUGCAAUACUACAGAGCUGACUAAUGUUGAUGGGUCACCAAACUUCAACAAGUGUACACAGUGCCACACUACAGUGUGCAACCAGUGCGGCUUCAACCCCAACCCACACCUUGCAGGGGUCAAUGAGUGGCUCUGUUUAAACUGCCAGAUGCAGCGGGCUUUGGGAAUGGACAUGACUACACCACGUUCCAAGAGUCAGCAGCAGAUACAUUCUCCUUCUCAUCAACCUAAGGCUGACCCCAUACCCAAGACACAACCCUCAGCUCAAACCACGCCACAGAUGCAAACCCAAAUACAGACACAGACGAAAAUUCAGCCUCAGCCUCAGCCUCAGCCUCAAACCCAAGCUUUCCAGAGACAGAUGGGUCCUACUGGACCUAACCAGAGUGGACUUCACAGUGGGCCACAAACUGGUCUCCAGACACAGAAAGAACAACCACAAGCAGUACAUACACAAUCAGGUUCCCAGUCAGGGUUCAAGGAUACCCAGAGACAGCGAGGCGAGGUAUUGGGACCAAAAAGUCCCGAAAGGGUGGCCCAGACAGGCCGGAUUCCUCAUCCAGGGGCAGUGCCUUUACCUGGCUUAGCAAAGGCACAAUCACAGUCUGAUCUGGGGCGCAGCACUCCAGUACGGUUUGGAGGUCAACCCGAUAAGACCCGAAGUGCUGGAAGCUCCCCGGCUCAUCACCCAACAUCCCACGAGGCUCCUCAAGAUGGUUUAACUAAGCUGUUUGGUUUUGGGGCAUCUCUUCUAAAUCAGGCAACCACCCUUAUUUCUGUUGAUCCUCUUCCUGGAUCCUCACCGCACCCCUCGCCUGCCCGUAACCAGAGUGCCCAGGGGACAAAGGUGAUCUUUAGUGAUGCUAAUGCUGGAGCUAAUGCUAAAACUACAGCAGGGCCACCCAGCAGUGCCAAAACAGGCCCAGGCGGAGUGACAUUACCCAAAGGUCCUGGAGCCCCUCUCCAAAAACAGCCUCUGCAGCAGCAGUCACCAGUGCACCAUCAAAAAGGGCUGAAACAACAGCAGUCGCCGGCACACCAUCAAACAACACCGCAGCAGCAGCAGUCCCCACUAAAGCAGCCUCCACCUCAGCCAGUUAAUCAGAAACCAGACGUUACCUGCCCACUAUGUAAGACUGCGUUCAAUGUUGGAACAACAGAACCACCAAACUACAGGUCUUGCACCCAGUGUCAUACAGAGGUGUGCAAUCUUUGUGGUUUCAAUCCCACACCACAUCUGGUGGAGAAGAAAGAAUGGCUCUGUCUAAACUGUCAGACUCAGAGACUGAUGUCUGGUGGACUUGACCCUCUUCCAGUUCUACCUUCAUCACCCAGCCGUCAACCAACGGGUUCACCUCGGCAUCAACAACUUUCCAGCAAACAGCAGCAAGGGCUUCAGACAAUGUCAUCACAGCAGAAACCUCCUGUUUCUCAACAGAGUGGUUUCUCUUCCCCCAUAGCCAGACCAGCAAGUGAUAUAAAAUCUUUUACACAGCCUGCUACAGCUACAACACCUCCUGUGUCUACCACUACUGCAUUUGCUGGUGAACAGGAGAGGAAGGAAACUGCACCCAGACUAGAUAAAUUGCUUGACCCUGGCGAUAGAGACAAUAAACCAACUCAAAAGAGAGGAACAACAGAGUCAAUACAGACACCUUCUAAAGAUGAAAGGAAAGAAUUACAGAGUAUUACCAAAUACUAUGAGGAAAACAGCAAGACAAACAGCAAUCAUGAUCUAUCACGAAGUCCACAGAGUUUGAGUGAUACUGGCUAUUCCUCUGAUGGAAUCUCCAGUUCACAUAGUGAAAUUACUGGCCUUAUCCAGGAGGAAGAGCUAAAAAUGAGCGAGAGAGGUCUGAUUGGGCACCAUACACCACCAAGUCCAUCUGAGCUGAUUAAGCUGGAGAGCUCCAUGCGACCCCUUCUAGAGUCAAAAUUUUCAUCUGAAGGGGAAAGAGCACAGGACAAGAAGCAUGGAAAACAGCAACACGGUGAUAUCAGGAAACAUCAGUCUCGCUCAAUAUCAAUAAGUCCAGAGGAAUAUGACUCAGAUGAGGACUUUGAAGGCAUCAUAGAAGAGGAGGAAGAUCCAACUGAGGAAGAGCUUAGAGCAAUUGCUGCUUUAGGGGACAACAGUGGCCAUAAAAAAAGAAAUUUAGAACCUGAAGAGAUUACUGAUGAGGAAUAUAUGAGAAGGCAAAUUAUGGAGAUGAGUGCUGAUGAGGAGAAUGAGGAUGAAGAAGAGGAAAUGGAAGAAGAGGAUGAUGAUGAUGAUGAAGGCUAUGGCUACAAAACUAAAAAGGCUCAAAAGCACAGCAGUGAUUCAGGAAAAGAAAAGCGCCGUCUCACUUAUCACUCUAGUAGCUUUGAGGAGGAUAGUAAAACAACUAGUGAUGUAUACAAAGGAUCAGCUGAAGAGGACCUCAUGGCCUCGCAAGGAGGCUUACGCAGAUUUAAGACCAUAGAAUUGAACAACACUAACAGUUAUAGUCGAGACAUGGAGUUAAACAAUGACAACGACCUGAGUCUCGACCGAGAGCCUGAGUUGGAGAUGGAAAGCCUCACUGGUUCUCCAGAAGAACGGUCAAGAGGAGAAUAUUCCUCCACCCUCCCACCAACCACCUCUAGCUAUACUUCAGGGAUAUCCCCUACUUCCAUAUCAUCUAUGGAAGAUGACAGUGACAGUAGUCCUAGUCGGAGGCAGCGGCUGGAGGAGGCAAAGCAGCAGAGGAAGGCCAGACAUCGCUCCCAUGGCCCUCUCCUUCCCACUAUUGAGGAUUCCUCAGAAGAAGACGAAUUGAGGGAAGAAGAAGAACUUCUAAGGGAGCAGGAAAAGAUGAGAGAAGUGGAGCAGCAGAGAAUCCGAAGCACUGUCCGGAAAACGAAACGUGACAAAGAAGAGCUAAGAGCACAAAGGCGCAGAGAACGAUCCAAGACUCCCCCAAGCAAUCUAUCCCCCAUAGAGGAUGCUUCUCCAACAGAGGAGCUAAGACAGGCAGCCGAGAUGGAGGAACUCCACCGGUCCUCUUGCUCAGAAUACUCUCCUUCAGCUGACUCAGAUGCUGAGGGCUAUGAAAUUUCAUCAAAGCUGUACAAAUCUGGUAGUGAGUACAACCUACCAACCUUUAUGUCACUUUAUUCUCCUACUGAAAAACCACAAACUACAUCAUCUACAGCUGCUAUAACAACGUCCUCUAGUGGCAAACAAUUAAAAAGUGCAGAAGAAGUAUAUGAAGAAAUGAUGAGGAAAGCAGAGAUGUUGCAGAAACAACAAAAGCAGCAGACACAGCAGCAAUCAGGCUCAGGUCUGAUUUUACAACAGUACAGCACAACCACCUAUCAAGAGUCAGACAUUAGAAAUAGACAAGAUAUUGAGGAUGAAUAUGAUUAUCCUGAUCAAGAUGAUCUCCACUAUGAGAAUGAGGAGACAGUUGACAUCUAUGAAGAGAUCCGCCAGACCUCACAAAACAUUUCAAAACAGCUUGAUGACCAAAUGGAGAUGGAUGUGUCCUAUUCAGAAAAGCAGUUACUAGAUACAGGCUCAGCCUUUGCUAAGUUGCUGGAACAAAGCAACGCUUUACUGACUCCUGGCACAAGUCCCACCCAGCUCUCAGCACCAGUAUCAUUUUCUGAAACUGGGACAGGAGGACGGAUACCUGAUGUCAGAGUAACCCAACAUUUUUCAAAAGAUGGGCCCAAAGAUAGACUUAGAAAUCAAACUGGUAAAAAUGGUAUUACACCAACAGUUGCUGCCACAACUAUUGCUGCUUAUGGAGUGUAUGCCAGGGAUACUGUCACUGUCUCUCAAACUAGUGCCAGUCAAACAGUAUCCACCACACAACCUAACUUAUAUGGUCGACAAACUACCACAACCACCGCUGGUGUUUCAAAUGUGUCUCAUAAAAUAGCUGCAAUCACUCAAGCUUAUAACCAAAGAGAAAAUGCUGCAAGGAAAAUGGCAAUCAGCAAAGGAGUCCAAAUGAGGGAUAUUUCAACAUCAUCAGAAACUAUAAUUGAAUCUGGCCCAAGUUCAAUUAGGUGUUAUACUUACCAUGAAAGGAGUCCACCUCAUUCUCCCACUUCAUCUCCUCUUCAUAGUCCAACAAGAUCUUUUUCUAGGAGAACAGCUGAGCUUUCAACUCAAACAGUUAGCCCUUCAAUGUUAGCUUCUUCAGGGAAUGCUUCUCACGCCUCUUCGGUUAUGGCACAGGGCACUCAGACUUCACAUGGGGUUGUUUCACCCAGCCUUUUCAGACAGCAGACUUCUCAAGAUACCUAUUUUAUUGUUAGAACAGAGGAGCUUGAGCCCACUAGUCCACCAAAGCCAGUUACAGUUAACACAGCAACAUCUCCUUUGUCUUCUCCAACAAGAUUUAGCCGCCAAUCAACAUUUGAUGCCUACUCACCUCCUGUCAGCCCUCCUGAUACUCCACCACAUCAAUUAUCACCCCAACAUGGUUUCUACAAGAACUAUAGAGCUGAAAAAGUUAGUGUCGGAACUAGCAUGGUCACCACUGCUAGCAUGUAUACACGUGGAUCACUGUCAAUGGAAAACAUAUCACUUUGUCGGAUUUCGACAGUUCCUGGUACUUCAAGAAUUGAGCAAGGACAACGGUUUCAGAGUGGAAGUGUAGUAGAUCUACGAACUGGAAUAAAGCCAACACCAAUUAUUAUGACUGACCAAGGAAUGGACUUGACUUCCUUAGCCACAGAAUCUCGAAAAUAUUCUGGGUCUGUUGAAGGAAGCCCCAUUCGUCAAUCUACAACUAUUCAGCCCUUAAUAAUGAACCUGAAUACACAGGAGCAGCUGCAUGUUGUGACAUCAACAGCAACAACUGUCAGUGUUACUGUAGCUGCAUCUAUGUUCAUGUCCCAGCCUAAGCACCCUGUGCUGUAUUGUGAUCCUCUUGAAAACAGAUUUGAUUUGGGCAAAGACAUGGGAACAGUAGUUUGCCUGGCACCAAAUAAGCCACCACCAGUUGAUCCAUCCAUACCAAAGAUCGAUGCUAAGCUGGAAGACCUGAGUAUCCAGCAGCAGCAGUUACUUAAACAGCAGCAGAAGCUUCAAGAGCAACAACAACUUCUUGAGCAGCAGCUUCAACAACAUCAUGAGCUUCAACAACAACAAGCUGCCUCUUUUGCAAAGUUGAACAUGUCUAGCCAACUACCUCUAUUCAAAAAGGAUAUGCUUGUCACUCAGAAAAGCACUGCCACAGAGGUUAAUGUCAUCUCGCCGGGUAUGACAUCUGAGGUUUAUAGUGUUGGAGGCCCACUUGAGUUAAGGGGAAAGCAAGCAGAGACAAGUAUCAUGAAUCUAACAAACGUCAAGCCUCAAGUGAUGAUGGUCCAGAUAGAUGGCACUGCACAAGGAGCCACUAUAACACAACUAAUCAAAUCAGAGGAAGGCCAGGAUGCAAUGAAUUUAACAGGGCAAAUAAAAUCUGAAAAUCAAGUAACUUGUUGUGAUAUGGUAUAUAACUUGCCCUUUGGUGGCAGCUGUGUGGGUGGUCCAUUCUCCCAGAAACCAGUCACAGAUGAGACUUCUAAGCCAUCAUCAAGAGCACCUUCCUCACUACCACAGCUCUAUCAACAACAUGGUUUACAGCAAGAUGGCCAGACAUACCAAGAUUACACAAUUAAAUCAUACACAUUGCCUCUCCCUGGACGACUACAACCAUCAAUGUCUGAAACAAACCUUUCAGAGGCAGGGUUGUCAUCAUAUUCAGCAAAUCUUGAUCCCCAUUUUCAUGCCUCUGGGGAAUUAUUCACAGACACAGUAAGGGAUGGCUAUGAUGGAGGGUAUCUUGGAAUGGGGCUUCAGUAUGGCUCCUACACAGAUCUUCGUCAGGGUGAUGUUGCAGAUCUUCCAAUUAGAAGGUACAGCUCCCUGACCAACAUCAGCUCAGAUUAUGGAUAUUUCUCAGGUGAUUUUGCAGAAUCUAAUCUUGCCCAAUACAGUGCUACAACUGCCAGGGAGAUAAGUCGCAUGUGUGCAGCCCUUAACUCCAUAGAUAGAUAUAGUAGUAACCCUGACAUACUACAGCUGGGCACUGGAAGAAGUAGUGUUCCACCUAGUAGAAUUAGUCUGCCCCAAAGUCACAGACCUGGUUUCAAGUACAGCCCAGAUGGAAAGCCUCUUUCCCACAGUCAAACGCUAACUGAUCUAAUCAAUGCAAGACAAGCCAGUCUCCGAGCUAUGUAUCCAUCAGCUAUUAGAUCAGCUGACGGCAUGAUCUAUUCAACUAUAAACACACCAAUUGCAUCAACAGUUCCAAUUACUACCCAGCCUGCACCUGUGCUACGACCUUUAUUAAGAGGGGUAUAUAGACCUUAUCCUACACCAAAUAUGACACCAAUACCCUUGGCAAGCCUAACUAGACUGCCACUAGCUCCAAGGACUGGGCAGGCACCUUUCCGAUGUUCUACACCUAAUCCUCUCCCUCUUACAACAUCUACAAAAGUUUCUGAGUCUCCAGCUCUCACAACAGUCCAAGAUGCUCCAUUGUACCUUGGUAAGUCUCCAGUAAGCCUAACAGUAGCUGGAACAGUAACACAACCAAUUCAGCCUUCUUCUGUACCUGCUGGUCCUAUCACAUCAGCACCUAUUUCAACACCAAUGGCCAUGGCAAUGAGCCAACCUGAUAUCCAGUUGCAACCAAUAAAUCUAUCUCAGCCCCACCUUCAGACCAAGUCCACUGCCCAGCCUUCUAUACAACACCAACUACCAGUGCAGGGUCAUCCUAUUGCUUCCAAAUCACAACCACCCCCAUCAUCUCAAGGAGGUAGAACCGCUGCUGCUGCUAUCAGAAGUAUUGCUCCAAACCAAGAAAAAGAAACAGAGGAAAGACUGCAUCAACAUCAGGAACAGCAUUUGCAGCUUGAGAGAGAAAGAGUAGAACUGGAAAAAUUGCGACAGCUAAGGCUUCAGGAUGAGCUUGAGCGGGAGCGUGCAGAACUGCAGAGGCAUAGAGAAAAAGAGCAGAUGCUAGUGCACCGAGAAAUUCAGGAAUUGCAGACUAUAAAGCAACAAGUUUUGCAGCAACAACAAGCUGAGAGAGAAAGCCAGUUGGUCCUACAGAGAGAGCAACUAGUUCAACAAAAACAGCAGCUUGACCAGAUACAAUCUUUGCAACAACAGUUACAGCAGCAGCUUGAAGAACAAAAGAGACAAAAGACUGCCACAGCUAUUGCUGCAGCCGGUGCAAAUACUCAAAUCCUCAGUGAUCAAUCUGGCAGAAUAAUUCAGCCACAGGAAUUGGCCUCUGAUAUGUUGUAUAGUGAUGUUCAGGUUUUCUUAAGAUCACUACCAAAUUCUACAUCAGAGAUAUGCUUGAGAAAUAGUGAAGAUCAGACAGAAAUCAGGUCCAUGCGUAAACAAAGAUCAAUGCCUCGACUGCAAGAUGGAAAUGAUGGAGAAAUGACAAUGUUUUCCUUGCCCCAAAGGCUUGUAGACUGCAGUGUGCAAACUGAUGAUGAAGAUGGAGAGGAGAGGUACCUGGUAUCAAGAAGACGGCGGACUAGGCGCAGUGUGGACUGCAGUGUUCAGACAGACGAUGAUGAAGAAAAGGCAGAGUGGGAGCAGCCAGUUAGACGUAGACGUUCCCGUUAUGCAAGACAUUCUAGUGAAUCUGGUGUAGACCAUAAAUCUGAAGCACCUCCUUUUACCACUUCAGCUGCUAAAACAGCAUCUUCCAGCAUUGCCAUCCAGACAAUUCGAGACUGUUCUUGCCAAACUGAGACAGAGCAGCUGGUUAGAGUAUCUCCAAGCAUACAUGUCACCAUGCCAGACCCAAACAAGGUUGAAAUUGUCCACUAUAUUUCUGGUCCUGAGAGAACACAGAAGGGUCAAAGCUUAGCUUGCCAAACUGACCCUGAGACACAGUCUCAAAGCAUAGUUAUUCCACAGAUUAGCAUUGCUACCACUGUCAGUCCCACCAGUGCCCAGUUAGUUGGUUCUGCAGAUCCACUCUCUACAGGUCAACAGAGUGCUGUGAAGUUUGGGAGGCGGAGACCUGAUCCUUUGGAGUUUGGCUACCAGCAGCAUCACCUGCAUAAUGAGUCUCUGUCCAGCUUGAUCCGGCAACAACCGAAAUCUCCACAGGUGCUGUAUUCUCCUGUUUCUCCUCUUUCUUCUCCACAACGCAUCAUAGAAACAUCAUUCUCUUCUAGUGAGAGGCUGAAUAAAGCACAUGUCACCCCGCAGCAGAAGUCCUGUAUUGCUGAGCCAUCACAGAGACAUCAGGCCCUUCCCCGCCCAAUGAAGAAUAUUCAGAGAUCUAUGUCAGACCCUAAGCCUCUCAGCCCAACUACAGAUGAAAAUACCAAGGCUCGGAUUUCACUUUAUCAACAGCAAGCCCUUCAGAGUCAGCUGGCAGCCCUGCAGCAGAGCUCCCUCCUAAGGAAGGUGAAGAGGACCUUGCCCAGCCCCCCACCAGAGGAGACUCACCUGCCUAUGGUCACCCCUAACCUAUCCCACAUGUUUGUGCCCUCUCUGCAAUCUCUGAAAGGGGGUUCUCGUUUAGCUGCAAAGGCCAGUCUACUUAAGGACUUGACCCAUGAGCUGAAGGCUGUUGAACAGGAAUCUACAAAGCUACGUAAGCAGCAGGCUGAGUUGGAGGAGGAGGAAAAGGAAAUUGAUGCCAAGCUUAGAUACCUGGAGUUGGGUAUCACACAGCGAAAAGAAACAUUGGCAAAGGAAAGAGACAGGAGGGAGCUAGCAUACCUGCGCUGCAUGGGUGAUUCACGAGACUAUAUGUCAGACUCUGAGCUCAACAAUCUUCGCCUGACAGCUGCGGCCACAUCCUUUGAGAGCAAUGGGCUAAUGACAAGACCUAGCACGGCACCACUCAGCCAGUUUACCUGUGAGCUAAAUACUGCUGCCCAGUUUCCCCCCACAUCAUCUUUUAUGUCGUACCAGUACCCCCAAAGUCUCCAAACGGCACCUACCCCACAGGCCUCUACUCUGCAGAGCACAGGUUUCAACCAACCUCCCUAUCCAUCAGUAACCCAAGCUCAAGCUCUCCCCCAACCCACCCCCUUGCAGACUUAUCCAACCCUAUCUUAUCAGGUCCAAGGGACAUUUCCUUCCCAAGUCUUCCCACAGAACCAGCCUCCGUAUCCAGCAGACACUUCAGUGCUACCUCCAGCACAGCCAAGCCAACCAGGGUUUCAGCCUACCCUACCACCUACUGGUCCAGUCCCUUAUCCAACCCACAGUACACCAUACCCAAGCCAGGCACCCCCCUAUCCGAUCAGUCAAGCAAGCACUUAUCAGCCACAGACAGACACUCUCACUUUUCACCAAAAGCCACGACAGACAUCGCUUGCUGACCUUGAACACAAGAUGCCCACAAAUUAUGAGGUUAUAAGCAAUCCUACAGUUGUAGUAACAACCACUGCCCAAGAUAUCACUUACAGCCAGUCUGGUUUGGGUCCAUCUUAUGGCCAAUACAGUACAACUAUGGCAAGCACUUAUGGCCCCUACUCCUCAUCUUUAUCAAAUACAUAUGGUGGGUCUUUAACAACCUCUGCAGGCUCUGGUUAUGUGCCAUACACAACAAUCUCAUCCAGUAAUUAUGGGCAGUACACAACAACUAUUGCAAAUACUUAUGGAUAUACAGUAACUACAGCUAGUUCCUAUGGGCAAUAUAAUACCACUGUUACAAAUACAUAUGGGCAGACAACACUAUCUGACCAUAUACACUCAAUGGAAAGCCCAUCUAUGUACACCAGUGAAGGCCUAUAUGGAUCAUCCAGCCUCGAGCAGAAUGUCCCAAGGAACUAUGUCAUGAUUGAUGACAUAUGUGAACUCACCAAGGAAGGCAUGGGCACUAGUUUAGACUCACAUCGCAAUGAGGGUCAUGGACGGUACGGGAGUGACGGACUUCACACUCGAGUGGGGAGCUCCUUUGGCAGACCAGAGGAUGAACGUGAUGCAGAUCUGUACGACCAGCAUCAUGGCAGGGGUAAGAGCACCUGCAACUACCAAGCACAAGGGGCACAUACGCAUGGCCGGGUAGUGGGAAGCAGUAGCAUGGGUGGGGGAUCAUCAUAUUACUAUGAUGACUGCAGUCACUCAACACCUACAUGGGCAGCCCAGAGGCACUCUUCAAAGAACCUGUGCCCUUCAGCCGUCAUGUCCUCCAGGAGGAGCAAACAUCGUAAACAAGGCAUUGAGCAGAAGAUAUCCAAGUUUUCCCCAAUUGAGGAGGCUCAUGAUGUGGAGGCUGAUAUGGCCUCUUACACCAUGAGCACCUCUACAACCAGUGGUUAUGGCUCAGGUUCCCAUUACCAUAAACUUCAGGAUGGCAUCUAUGGACUACGGAGUACUUCCAGUCCACAACGGGGCUACUAUAAUGAUGAACAUCUCUAUGGCUAUGGCAGGUCACGUUCAGCUGGUUAUGGCAUGGACAAAAUCUCUCCCUGCGAGAGGGCCUACAGAAGCAGGUCAUAUGAACAGGACCGUAUAGACCGGUCAUACCGCAGCAACUAUGGCCAAAGUGUGCGCCCUGCUUUGCAUUCUCAGUAUUCAGAAAAGGAGAACUCCCACCUCAUGACGAAGCUCAUGGGUGUUGGGAGGGCUUUCGGCUAUCCAUCAAAUUCAUAUGGUUCAAGUCACUCUCUACCUGAUGUGCAGGACCAUAUUCGAGACCUGCCCCGGACCCAUGUCUACAAACCAGAUGAUAUGUAUAUAGUUGACGAUAUGCAUUGUGCUGUUUCUGACAGCGAAGUGUGCAAUCCUCUUUCGCCAUCAGACAUGGAGAUUGAUUGUGAUCUGCUUUUGGUUUCCAAAGCAUACCAUCUUGGUCAAGAGGAGACAGACUGGUUUGAGAAACCUCGUGAUGUUCGUGGAUCCCGUCACUAUGGCAGUAGUGGUCAUUCUGGGAGGCGAGGCCAUGUCAAGCAUACAUAUCAUGAUUAUGAUGAGCCACCAGAAGAUCUUUGGCCACAAGAUGAUUAUGGUCACACCCGCCACAUUUCCUCUAGAGAGCACCGCCAUCACAGCAGUGGAAGUUCCGGUAGGCAAUCCUCACGCCACUCGGAUGAGCCUCGUUCCUCUCGAUCAUCACGUUCCUCAAAGGAUCCAUCUAUGCGACAUGACUCCCGCUCCUUGUCAUCUUCAGGGAGGAGGGGAGAAUCUCGUUCUCAGGGCUACCACUCAUCAGAUUAUUCCCGUGACACCUCAGGCCACCACCAUAGCUCCCGUUCUGGAAAACAAUCCUCCCACCAUCAAGGGUCCUCCAGCAGGAAGCAACAGGACCACCCCUCAUCAUCCAGACAGCCAGGAUCUCUUGGGCCUGGACAGAAGGGACCAAGUGGAACUUCAAGCUCAAGCAGGCAAGCUGUCUCUCAGCCACCUGUUGAUGGGCAGCAAGGUCAGCGAACACAGCUUCAGCAGCAGGCACAGACAUCAUCUGCCAGGCCAGGCUCUCAGACAUCUGCCACAGGCACAACACAACCACAAUUAGUACAAGCCCAGCAACUGCAAGCUAAACCUGGCCAGACUGGUCCAACAUCUCGACAACCCACCUCAGCAGCACAGACAUCCCCAGCUGUAACUAAACCAGAGCCCACCCCUGCCACUGCUAUUGGAGCAAAAGCAGUCCCCAGCCAACCUGCCAAAACAGCCCAACCUCCACUUACCGGAAUAGGCUCAAAAGCAGCUGCAAGGCCUGGUGGAAUUGGCAGUGCAGCUGCAGGUCAGCCGGGUGUAGAUGGAGAGAGUGUGCUGUCUAAAAUUUUGCCUGGAGGAGCUGCAGAGCAAGCUGGCAAAUUAGGAGAAGCCAUCUCUGGAUUUGGCAAAAAGUUCACCUCCUUGUGGUGAGGUAGUACAAUUAAAGGGUGUCUAAAAUGACAGAGGAUGUUUUUGCACUGGAAAAACCUAUGAAGUUUCCCUAUUAUGUUUUAAUUUAAAGAGAAGACAACUCAAGAAAGAAAGUGAGAGGGAGAGAAGCUGUCUGGUUUUUCUACCAACCAGGACUGGAAUCACAGGACUUUAGGUCUGGGUCAUAAAUCAAAGGCGACAACACUGUUCGCUCUGAAAGCCAGACAAUUAUUUGGGAAUUCUGUAUCUGUGUUCUAACCGAACAGCAUGGCCAAAGAUAUUAACAGCCAACUUUGAGCAUGAUAGCUCCAAAAAACCUCCUCCUCCUGGCCAACAGAACACAGUGAAGGCAGCGGAGAGCGAUGACUCCAGUCGCACAAUAUCAACAAACUAAACAGGUCAAUCAGUGUAACUUGAUAAUGCCUACAGGAAAUCUUGAAAUCUGUGUGUGCAUUAUUCUGAAAACAAGCUAACAUGUUCUCAUUAGAGCAGCACAGCGAGUGACUUACGGAGAAGUGUGAUUCCGUGUUUCUCUACUUGGGAAAUGCUUUUCACUCCCCUCUCAGGAAUGGAAGAAAUAGCAAUGUUAGGACACUUAGAAAAACUUCAUAGGUUUUUCCUAAAAGAGAUAAAAAAACAAAGAAAAUCAUGAACAUGGGAACUAUAACACACAUCUCUAUGCUAAGUCCUUUAACUCAACAUUCCAGAAUGAAAAAAAAAAAUCCUGUUUGUUUGUUUUUGUCUUUUUUCUUCUUUCUCUUGCUAUGUGCUAUAAAAGUGUAAAGUGGACUAGGAAUGCAUGUAAUCCAAGACCUUACACUGUUCACGAUAUCAAUGAGAGAUUGACAAAGAGGAUUUGUGCAUUUAUACUCGAGCAGAGAGAAUAUGAAGAAGAGGACGAAAGAAAUUCUAGAACAAGCCCAAACAUAAGACUCAGAUCAUCACAUAAGAAAUCGCUUGGAAAACAAUGUCAGGUUCUGACCAAUCAGGUCUUUUUUAUUCAUUGUCCUUUCCAAAGUAUUAAGAAAUUGUCCUCAGGCUGCAGAUGGGGUGUUUUUACAACCAUUGUACGGUAUUGGCCAGUUGGAAUCUUGUGCAUUAUCUUUUUGUUUUGUUGUUCUAUUGUCGCCUUGCUAUGUUUGUAGAGUGUUUAACAUAUUUUUCUAUUCACAAUAUUAUUUUUUUUCCACAUUGUUUGUAUAUAGAAAAAAAUAGACUGAAGUUUAUUUAUAUUUUUUAAUUCAAUUGGGUUUUUUAAUUUUUAUUUAUUGUAUUGAGUUCCUUUGUUUGUUUAUUACUGUUUUAAAUCCAUUGUUACUCUGUCACUUGUUUACAGCCUUUUUUAAUAUAUAUAUAUAUAUAUUUUGGUUGAAUUUUAUGUUUGACAGUUUAAAAAAAGAUCAAAAGCAAUAGUGGAUGGUGGUCAGUCCGUAAAGAGCACAAUUGUUAGAUGUUUUUACAGUAGUGGUCAGAAGAGUGAUAUCUGUCUGUAAACCUGUAAUAUAUCUGUAAGGUUCAGGAUCACUGUCUAUUAAGUCAUUAAAAAGUGAUGCCCAGUCUCUUAUAAUAACACAUUAGGUGUCAAAGCCAUGAUUUGUUUUAAAAGAUUUUUUAUUAAAUUACUAUAAUAAUUAAGAAAAACACAAAGCUAGUCUGAGAAAUAAUGGAGCUGCUUAGUGGAAUGUUGGAACUUUUAAGCAAGUAGAGAUUGCAUGUUCUGAAGAAAAAAAAAAAAAAAUCUUGAUAUUGCUAUAUGUUCUAAUGGUAUGUGUGAAUGAUUUUGGACGUGUGUAUGUAUGCAUCUACAUUUGUUAUCAUUCAAAAAAGAAAAAAAAAAAAAAUCUGAUCAACAACAGGAAAAGAAAUGUUUGGUCAGAGGACUUUUAUUUUCAGACCUUCUAUGCAAUGAUUUUCUCAGCUGAGAAAAAUGGUUGUCAGAGUAUUGAAACAAAAUAAAAACUAAAUCCAAGAAUAACUAGAUAGUAGUUUCAAAAAUGUUACUUGGGGGCUGAUUUGUUUGUAUAAGAGAAACUGUAAUAUAAAUAAUAUAAAUCUGAAUGGAAAUUUUGUUUCCCAUAUUUGUGGCAUGUUUCCCAUUUUGUGGCACUGUUUUGAAAUGGAGCCAAUUAGCCAUAGCGAUUAACAUAAACGCCAAUCAUUUCUCACUAUCCAUGGAUGGUUGCUGCUAGAUGAACGGCAUAUGAUGGGGUCACCAUCCUUCAUGAUGCUUAGUUGCCUAUUGGUGCAAUUCUUAAAGGAAAUUACAAAUCUAAAGCAUACUACAAAUAUGUCAAGAAAAAUAUAUAUAUAAGGAGGUUAUAUUGAGAAAUAUUAAACAAAACAGUUUUGUUUGUUGCAGUGUUUGAAGGGUUGCCCAUUUAUCUGGUCUUAAAUUAGACUCCUCUGUGGUUGCCCUUCCACAGGCCGUGGGAAAUCUUGAGUUAUCGUACAGUUUGAAGACUUUGGGAACCCCUUUUGAACCCCUCACUGCAUUACCACACACUGUAAUAUCUGUGUGAUUGAGAGGAAACCCAACGACACGGCCUAUAGUUAUGUCACAAAUUAUAUUGGUUUAUAUAUAUUCGGAUAUAUUUAUUUUUUCAAAUAAUAGUUUUAAAUAACUAUACCAAAAUUGAAUAAAUCAUAUUUUAUUAAACAAAUAAAAUAAAUAGCACUAUAUUAUGUAAAUGGAUUAGAAUGUAUAUGGGAUGGCAUAUAAGAGAGUGUAAACGAUCAGUUAUAUAGCAAUGUAGCAAUGCAUAGCACCUAUAGACCACCUAAAACACUCAACGGAAAACAAAUCGAGGAGUCUGUUUGUACUGCCUGCAAUAUGAACUAUAUUAGCUAUCAUUCUGUCUUGCGUCUCAGAGAUUAUUAUUAUUUUUUUUCCGUGUGUGUGUGUUUGAUCCUAUUCACCUCAGGAAAGCAUAGAGUUAACGCACCAAGGGGAGAUAUAUGCAUCGCUAUAAGGGCUUAAUUACAAUACUAAGAAAGCCAUUCAUUCUAACACCCUAAGUUUGUGAUUCAUUAGGGCUGUUGACUGUGAUGUAUGUCAGGGAAACCAGAUCACCUGCCAUUAUCUAUGCUAUUUAGUUAUUCACUCAUUCAUGCAUUGUGAUCCUUUUUACUGGAUUAGAAAACAGUUACUCUUGUAAGAGUAAGUAUGUGGCACAAAGAAAGAAAUGACAGAGGAAAAAUGACUGCUGUCACUCUGUCAAAAAGGAAACAAUCAGCUAAAUUUGUUUUAAAAUAAACUGAUAAUUGCACGGGCCCCCCCUUUGCUGCUCAGUUGCACUGGCAACCAUUUUCACAGUUAAAAGGACAUGAAUAUAUCUGUAAAACAUGUAAAUUGUACUAUACUUCUGCACACGAAACAUUCAGAGCAAGGUGUAAAAUGACCUGUUGUUUUGUGUAAAUGACAUCUAAAAAAGAGCAUCACGACAUAAACAGAAACCAAAUAAACACAUAAAUAUUCAAAUAAAUCACACUGUGUAUGUGGUUGGCUCAUG